CACAAGACCUUAACCCCCCGAACUCAUCUUCCUCCUCCCCCUCCCGCCGCCACCGCCGCCGCCGCCAGAGCCGACCAUGCCGGGGGCCUUCCACUCCCUCCUCCUCCCCCUCCAACGGAAGCGCAAAUCCAAGCGCCACCGCAGCCGCAAUCACCCAAAGGAGAACAAACCCAAGAACCACCUCGCCGCCGCCGGAGACCCGUCCUUCCACCUGAAGAGCUCCGCCUCCGCCUCCUCCAGGGACAUAGGCUGCCUCGUCCAGCCACUCGGCAACCUCUUCCUCGCGGCCACCCCUCGCGCGAACCUCCGGGACGCGGGGCUCGGCGCGCUCCGCCCGCUCCCGGACGACCUCCUCCUCGACGUCCUGGGCCUCCUCCCAGCGCGCGACCUCGCCGCGCUCUCGGCGGCGUCCAAGGCGCUCUACGUCGUGGCCGCCCACGACCCGCUCUGGCGCGCCUUCGUCCUCGACGAACUCGGCGGCGCGUUCGACUUCGCCGGGUCCUGGCGCACCACCUACAUCGCCGCGGCCUCCGGCGGCCAGCCCCACCUCAUCCCCCCGCGCGCCCUCAAGAUCAGGGGCUUCUACUCCGACUACCUCUUCCAGAGCUGGCUCUGCGCCAACAUGGAGAUGCGGCACGAGUGGCUCGCCCGGGACAACAUCGAGCGCCGCCGCGGCAUAUCCGUGGAGCAGUUCAUCGCCGAGGUCGAGGAGCCCAACAGGCCAGUGCUGCUGGAGGGGUGCAUUGAUGGCUGGCCGGCGUUGCAGAAAUGGAGCAGGGAGUACCUACUGGAGAUCUCGGCAGGUAAGGAGUUUGCGGUCGGACCGGUGAGCAUGACACUGGAUAGGUACUUCAGGUAUGCAGACAAUGUGCAGGAGGAGAGGCCAUUGUACCUCUUUGAUGCCAAGUUUGCAGAAAAGGUGCCGGAGAUGGGGAGGGACUAUGAGGUGCCGGUGUACUUUAGGGAGGACCUGUUCAGUGUUCUUGGGGAGGAGAGGCCGGAUUACAGAUGGGUUAUCAUUGGACCAGCUGGAUCAGGGUCGUCGUUCCAUGUUGACCCGAAUUCGACAUCAGCAUGGAAUGCUAUCAUUAAAGGGUCCAAGAAGUGGGUGAUGUUUCCACCUGAGGUUGUACCACCAGGUGUCCACCCCAGCGCAGAUGGAGCUGAGGUCACCAGCCCUGUAUCUAUCAUGGAGUGGUUCAUGAACUUCUAUGGGGCUUGUAAGACCUGGGAGAAGAGGCCCAUAGAGUGCGUGUGCCGAGCUGGGGAGGUGGUUUUUGUGCCUAAUGGGUGGUGGCAUUUGGUGAUCAAUCUUGAGGAGUCCAUUGCCAUUACCCAGAAUUAUGUGAGCAGGAGGAAUCUGUUGAAUGUUCUUGACUUUCUCAAGAAGCCCAAUGCAAGCGAGCUUGUCUCGGGGACCAAGGACAGAGUGAACCUGCACGACAAGUUCUGUGGUGCCAUCGAGGCCACUCACCCUGGCAUGAUAAAUCAGCUUCAGCUGGAGGCACAGCAGAAGGCUGCUGCUCGGAAGAAGCAAGCAUCAUUCUGGGAUUCCGCUGCCGAUGCCAAGAGCGGAGGAUUCAAGUUCUCUUUCUGAGUUUCACAACAGCUAGGUUCGAAUCAUGUGUGAGUGGGUCCAUUUUUUUUCUUGGUAAGAGUUCAGCAAUUUUGUUGGUCCAUUUCACUUCCCCGUGUGCAUCGUGGGAAUUUUAGUGUACAAGAUUUGUGAGCCUUGCUAUCGGCCGGUCACAGGGAACCUGGCUAACUGAUUAUCUGAUUUGUGCAAUGAACUGCCAUGUUAACGUCAUCCUAAUUCGGAAAGGGUCGAGUGCAAGAAAAAUCGCAUUGCUGUUGUACCGUGUAACCUGUAGCAUGAUACAAUUAAGAAUCAGUUUUUGAAGAUUUUUUUAUGGCCGUUUUUGAUGAAUUUACAAAAGAAUAGUUACAUUGUUUUCA